AAUCAAUCACCAUCAUCAUUAACUUCUAAAUCAAAUCAAAUCACCAAGUCAUGGCAACUAGAAGUGCAAGAGACAAUAAAGCUCUCAAUGCUCGUCAUGCAGAAACUUUAAAAGCAAUGUUAAGAUUACCUGAAAACAAAACGUGUGCGGAUUGUAAAAGAAAUGAUCCUAGAUGGGCUUCUACCAAUUUAGGUUGUUUUAUGUGUAUUAGAUGUAGUGGUAUACAUAGAAGUAUGGGAGUUCAUAUCACCAGAAUCAAGUCUAUAGAUUUAGAUACUUGGACACCAGAACAAGUUUCAAAUGUACAAAGAUGGGGUAAUCGAAAAGCUAAUGCUUAUUGGGAAGCUCAUCUUAGACCUGGUCAUAUGCCACCAGAUCAUAAAAUUGAAAGUUUUAUUAGAAGUAAAUAUGAAAGUAAACGUUGGGUGAUGUCAGGUCCGAUGCCGGAACCUGAAACAUUAGAUACAGAAAAUGAUGAAGUGACCGUCUCACCUACGGUCUCAACUCCUUCUGAAGCACCUCGUCGACCAUCUGCGACACUAGGAAAAGCGACUGCUGCACCACCUACAGUCACCACCAUCAAUUUACUCGAUGCACCUCCGUCUUCAAAUUCAGGAGUCACCAAACCCACUUCCAAUGUGAUCAAUCCAUCAAUGACGACCAAACCGAGUACUGAAACUACUAGCACCACUAAUCCUAAUAAUGGAGG